AAAGGGAUCUAGGUGGUGACAGACGCGGCUCUCCAGUCAGGUCAACUCACCCUUCUUCCUCCUCGGUCUGCUCCGUAUAAAUCUACACAGGCCUGCAGCCAUUCAGAAAUUCAUCUCCUUUCCCUCUCCCCAGCAAGGACCCCUCGACCAUUCCCCUCAAGCUCACCAGAAAUGGCCACCGGAAGUACAGCCCAAGAGAGCCCCGAGCUGCCGAAGCAGCUGCCCUUCGACUUUCUGAAGAAAAUCACCAACGAUUUCGCCCAAGACCGGAAGAUAAGCGGAAGCCCGUUCGGAACGCUCUACAAGGGGAUUGUGCCGGACGAUGGGAGAGUGAUUGCCGUGAAGAAACUUCAGGAGAACGCGCCAAUGCCGCCUGACAAGCAGUUCAACAAGGAGGUCCAGAACGUCAUGUCUCUCAAGCAUGACAACAUUGUGGAGGUCGUCGGGUUCUGCAGCGAGACGCAGAAGAAACUUGUGCAGUUUGACAAGAGAUACAUCCAGGCUGACAUCACCGAAAGCUUAAUCUGCUAUGAGUAUUUGCCUAAUGGGAGCCUUCAGGAGAAUCUUUUUGAGCCCAAAGAGUCCACUAAACCAGAGAUUAGCUGGGACACGCGCUUCAAAAUAAUCAAGGGGAUUUGCCAAGGCUUAUUUUUUCUGCACAAGUUGGACAUUCCCAUUGUCCAUAUGGAUCUGAAGCCUGAAAAUAUACUGUUGGAUGCAAAUAUGGUGCCAAAGAUCGCGGAUUUUGCACUCUCAAGGGUCUUUGGCCAUGAACAAACCCGACUGUGCACACAAACGGUUGUCGGAUCAUAUGGGUACAUGGCUCCAGAAUAUCUUUAUAGAGGUGAAAUCUCAGCCCAGUCAGACAUAUACAGUUUAGGCCUAGUGAUAAUCGAGAUCACCACUGGAGAGCAGAAUCCUCGCGAAAAAGACCAACCAUCCGCGAGAAAAUUUGUUGAUAAUGUGCGUAAACAAUGGACGCUGGAGCACAUAACAUCCAAGUAUUCAUCGCUGGAUCAUGAAAGCCUCCAACAAGUUAAAACUUGCAUUGAUAUUGGGUCAAAAUGUGUAGAGAUUGAUAGGAAAAACAGACUUCCCAUAGAAGAGAUUGUUGACAUGCUCAAAGGACUACGACCAAGCCAAAGGGUUAACGAGGUCUCCCGUCCGCCUACGACUGGCAAGAAGCUAAUGGACUCCUUCUUUGGUCAUAAGAAAUGAAAUAUGCACGCUCUUUUAUUACCGGAAGGCUGUAACUUUCAUUUGGAAAUAAGACCCUUUGUUGCCUUGUCAUUUUGGAAGCAUUUGAGUGUAAUUUUAGUAUGAGUGAUCUAAACGCUCUUAUAUUAGUUUACAGAGGGAGUAUGUCCUUUAGCAUUAUUAGUCAACUACUGUAGAUGCAACGGUAGUUUCAAUGUUAUCUCUGUUUAUGUCAGCUUGAAAUAACAAUCUGUUUCUCUGGCAUGCAAA